AUGGACUCCGGCGACAGACAAAGGCAAGACUGGGCUCUCCGGCAACCGAGUCCCGUCAAGCGUCUGGCUAACGAGCAAUUCAGACCUGCGCUGCCGCCCAUCAAAAUGCUCGACAUCGAGAAAAUAAAGCGGGAGGAGGCCGAGUACCAGGCUCGUGGCACAAACAUGUCAAUGGCGCCUUCUGCUACAAACAGCCCGACCAUCGCCUAUCCCUCUGGUCCCCCGCCACCUUACAGUCGUCCUUCGUACUCCGAUGCUCGUCUUCCCACAGAAACCCGUCGUUCCUCGAACGAAGAUCCCUCGAACCAGGCCAACAAGCAAUCGCUGCCAUCAAUUCAUGAGGCUCUCGGCGUAGAGCAACCCGCUUCCUACCCUCCCACCAGCCAGAGGCCUUAUUCGUCCGCUCCCCAACCUGUAUAUCACGCUCCUGUCACAGCGCCUUCGCCUGCUUCGCCUGUCCCUGCUAGAAGGUCUUUCGCCGCAAUGGAGCCUCCACCACCGCCGCAACCUGUCGUCUUCACCCAUGGACCUCGUAGCCCUUAUGCUCAAUCUCACCAGGAGAUCAGUCCUCGCCAUAUUCCCGAGCACCAAGAUCGUCAACGAUCGGUAUAUGCACCCCACCCAAAUGCAUCGCACGCUGGCCAGUCUCCCUUGGCCCACCAAUCACAAUAUCCGCGUUCAUAUCCUGUCACUGCUUCUCAUGAAAGGACUGCUUCCCAUCCUCUCAGCAUGCCUCCUGUUGCUCCUCCUCCGUCAGCACCUCAGCAUGCUCUGCCUUACGGUUACGCUCCUGCUCCUGCCCCUGUUCCGGUUCCAGCUCCAGCACCUUAUGCAUCUCAUUACGCCUACCACUCAUCGGCGCCGCACUCUGCAGCACCUACUUCGUCUGUUUAUCAGCCAUCCAUCACUCAGCCUGCUCCACCUCAACAUGUUGAACCCGGAAGAGCUCCUUUCGGCGAUUCUGUGAAACGUCAUCUGGACAUGUGGGAUUUCGGCGAAGCCCUGAACGAGGUUUGUUUGCCCCGCAAAAGUUGUAUCUACGCGUCACUGACCAAAUUGCCANNGAUUGCCGAGUCUAGUAGCUAUAUGCUGGACUUCAGUAGACAAUGUGGUGCUCGCUUGCAUCAAUCUCAGAGAUCGGACCCUGCUCCGGGCAAUCUGCCUCAAUUACAAGAGAUUGACCAUCUCAUGGAGAAGUCCCGCCGUCAACUUGACUGUUAUGCUAAGAUGAGAGAGUUCAUUGUUGCACAGCAGACAGCUUAUUUCCAACAAGCUCAAGAACAACAGUCAAGGGCACAAGAGGGCAUCAAGCGUGAUUCUGUCCAUCAGAGCGAAGAGGCAAAAAUUGGUGGAUUUGCCGGUGCCGAGGCUAAAAAACGCAGAGGUGUAAGUUUAUAUUGUUUUCCUCGUGUGUCAGAAACACAACUAAUUCAUUGUUCANNGCGCGCUGCUCCUCCUGGCAGAUGUCACAGCUGUAACAGAGCCGAGACUCCAGAAUGGCGCAGAGGUCCGGAUGGUGCUCGCACUUUGUGCAAUGCAUGCGGACUUCAUUAUGCCAAGCUGACAAGGAAAGCUGGAAAGAACGCGGCCGCCAUCUCCAGUUCCAAUCUUCGUCCCAAAGCCUCUGAGGAUACGCAAAACUGA